GCGAAGCGACAAGCGCCAGCGCGCCAUGCCCGUCGCAUACGUCGCAUCCGCCUGAAGCCCUUCCCGACAGCCUCAGGGCGAUCCGCGUAUCAUGGCCACCCAGGAGGGCGAGCCCGCGCCCACUAAUGGCGCGACGUCGUCGAAUCCAGAGCUCGACAUCAAGAAGCUCCACGCGCUCCCCUCGGAGCAGCAAGAGCUCUACCUCCUGACCUUUUCGUCCGACCUCGCGCGCCAUGUGGCGUCGCUCGACGCCGACGGAGCCUCUGCGCACCAGAUAUACAUCAAGAAGGAACUCUUCCAGAUCGUCAAUCUCGCUUCGCCGCCCCCCACUCGAGUAAUCCGGGAGAAUCUUGGGAGAACCUUCUACGGCAUAUUCAGCAAAGGAGACCGGAAACUGCUGUUUGAGUCGAUAAACGAGCUAGUGGGCAUACUCAACGGUGCUGGGAAGACAGAGAAGGACAUCAGGGCGAAGCAUGCAGCAGCGCACUGCCUCGGCGCUGUGUUCGAGGCUGCAGGCGAUAGUGCGAUCGGUCUGCAUCCUGGAGCAGUGGGAUCGCUGUUGCGCCUCGUCAAGGUUGCGCAAAAUCAUACCGGAUUGAGGGCGACGGUGCUCAAGGCGGCAGGGAAGGUGUUCAAGGGCGUGGGACGCCAUGCCGAAGAACCUAUCGCAAGAGAUGCAUGGAAACAGGGCCGUGCCCUGUCUGCUGCUGAUAAGUCUGCUCUUGUGCAGACGAGCGCUUGCUACAUGUUAGAGCAGCUUAUUCGGUCUACGCAGUUCUUCGACAAUUCUACCGAUUUCGACAAGCUGCAGAGUGCUAUUUGGAAGACAAUCGAUAGCGCAUCGGCGUCUGUGAGACAUGCGGCGGCAUCUUGCAUCAGUGCGUCACUAGUCAAGAACUAUUCCGAGACGGCUCCUAUCGAGAUACCGUUGGCACGAUCAAAAACGAACAAGAGGAAGAGCAAGAAGCCAAGUGAUCUUGAGGGGGACGAGGACAUCAUCGAACGACCUGAUUCGCCAGCUCCCAAGAAGUCAGCUGCAAGACUGUCUUUUACAGUACCGACUCUCCUCAAACAACUCUCAAACCAGUAUUGCCGGGCAGCAACCAGCAGCAGAGCAAGAGCUGGCAUCAUACAUUGCUACCUGAAGUCGUUGCGAGGAUUGGGCGAGCACGUGGUCGAGACCAAGUAUGCGGACAUUGCGCGACACUUCUUCUUCGACAUCCUCAGUAAUUCGACCAUCGUGCAGAACCGGUACCGCACCCUCAGCAGCAGGAGAUAUGUCGCGGUCGUUCUCGAGACAGUCGUUGGCCGCGAAAUGCUUGGGGAGUCAGGCCAGCUGAACGCUGCGCGCUUCCUUGUCAAUGAGAUCCUGAAGGACUACCCACAAGCGCUCAAAGAACGGCCUGAACCCACGAAACAGACGCUAAUUGGCACACUCAGCACGCUGUCCUCAUUAUUCGACAACCUUGGUUCAGCUACGAAUGUCAUUGCCGAUUCGUGUCGUGACGCGCUUCUUCAAGUGCUGCAGCAUCCGAGCUACACAGUUCAGGUGUAUGCAUCAUCUUGUCUGCGUUCGUUCGUGUUGGCAUGUCCACUGCAGCUCUUGCCGUCCGUUACGAUAUGCAUGAACAGCGUCAAUCGAGAGCUUGGACUGUUAGGAGGUCCCCGACAGUCACCUAGGAGAUGUGUUGGUCUGGCAAACGGUCUCUCGGCUGUGCUUAGCACAUCUACAUCCCAGCCGCUCCACGGUUCCGUGGAUGUCAACUCGCGGGUAUUGUCCCAGGCUACGUCUUUGCUGAAGUCCAGUAGCAACUCUGACCUACGGAUAUCUUCUACGCAGAUUCAAGUUGCUUGGAUAUUGAUUGGCGGACUGAUGACCCUGGGCCCUAACUUCGUCAAGAUCCAUCUGUCACAGCUUUUGCUGCUUUGGAAGAACGCGUUACCGAAACCGCUCAACAAAGACAACAUGGUUCAGCGAAACGUGCUUGAAUUAAGCUUCCUAGCUCACAUACGUGAAUGCGCUCUCGGCUCAGUGCUGACCUUCUUGGAGUUCAACAGCAGACUAUUGACACUGGAUGUGACGAAAAGACUCGCAGCGAUGCUGCAAAAUACGACGAUGUUCCUCAAUACGCUUCCGAGCAAGAAGACCACAGACAAUGUCUCGGAGCGACUCUCGCCUGUCCUGCAGUUACAUGACUUUGAUCUCAUGGUCCGAAGAAGAGUGUUACAGUGCUAUACAAAGCUUGUCGACUUGAGCCCCGCCGGGAGCAGCGAAGUGCUACUCCAAACCAACUUGCUCCCUUUCGCAGUGGCGGCUUUUGCCGAUCCCGACCACUAUACUCCUAGCUCUCUAGGAAUUGCCAUCGCAAGCUCUGCUGGCAACUUCGAGAGCAUAUGGGACGUUGCAGACAACUACGGCUUUGGUGUGACUGGCUUGGUCAAAGGGUAUGAUAUCGAGCCUUUACCGGGCGAGCAUGAUUCUGAACAUCAGCAUCAUUGGGUGACGAGGCAUGGCCCAGAAGCCACUGUCGACCGCACCCUUCUCUCGCCUAUUUGUAGCGCUCGCGAACACGACUCCAUAUCACUAUACAUCCGCAAAGUCAACGACCCCUUCAACCUACCAAAUCCGCCAGCCACCGAAGUCGUCAACUCCGCCCUCCAGCUGUUUGCUAUCUGUCUCCCUCUCCAGACACCCAAGAUCCAAGAAAGUAUUCUGGAACAGAUCACAUCAUUCUUGUCCGCAGGUAGCUUACAAAGAGACGUACAUCGGAAGUCGGCCAUGAUGGUGAACAUUGCGUAUGCCCUCCUCGGGGCAUUGAAAGUGGCUGUGAAGGAGACACGGUCCGCUUCUGGUGAUUUGAAAGGCUCAGCUGUCGAGAAAGUCAUCCAAGAGCUUCUGCAUUUGUUUAUUGUCUUGCCUGAUCCAUACGUACGCAACGUCGCAGGAGAGGCCUUAGGUCGCUUAUGCAACAGCUCUGGCAACGCCCUUACAACAACUGAAGUCAAGUACUUGGUUGAUCAGAUUGUAGCCAACCGCGAGCCGAACGCGCGAUCUGGCUAUGCAGUGGCACUAGGCUGCAUACACUCUCAGCUUGGAGGCAUGGCUGCCGGCUACCACUUGAAGAACAUCCUUGGAAUACUAAUGUCGCUUGGUAACGAUCCCCAUCCCGUCGUACAUUUCUGGGCUUUGGAAAGUUUGUCCAAGGUGGCCGACUCUGCUGGUCUUACAUUCUCCAGCUACGUCACCAGCACCCUUGGCAUGCUCGCGCAAUUGUACGGCGCGGACACCCAUAAUGCCGAAUCAGCCAGCCUGGCCAACUCAAACCUCGAACUUGAUCUCCCAACUCCAGCGGUAAUCGCACGCUGUAUCGAUAGCACAAUCAAUGUUCUUGGCCCGGACCUUCAAGACAUGUCUAAAGCACGAGACAUGGUCAUGACGCUAAUCAGUCUUUUCAAAACCGAGUCAGAUAUACUCAUCACUAUUGAAUGCCUGAAGUGCCAGGAGCAUCUCUCUUUAUACGCUCCAGGCCAUAUCGAAUUUUCGGUAUACAUCAAACAACUGCAAAAGGCCGUCGAGAGCAAUGCUACCCAGAUAUCUGACAUGGCUGUGGAUGGUCUCCACAACCUAAUGCGAAGAGACACGGAAGAAGUUAUACGGUCAGGCGAGCCGGGGCUUGAGGACCAGCUCUGGCAUAUCCUCGACAGAGAGCCUGAGCAUGAGGUUGUGCGGAAUGUCAUCCGCAACUGGCUGCAUCAGACCGGACUUACGGACACAGCUACUUGGGUUCAGAGAUGCCAUUCCGUGCUGACCAAGACGAAGAAAGUCGCCGAGGCAGAAGAAAAAGUAGAUACCAAACCGAAAGGCGGACAGACUGAUUUGCAAGACGAAGAAGUGGCCGGUUUCGCUGCGGCGGCUAACGCCCCAGGUGAAGAUGGAACUGCUACACAGACAAGCCAGGAGCUACUGAAGUGGCAGGUCAGGACGUUCGGCAUGGACUGCUUGAGCGAGCUUCUGGCGAUGGUGAGCAAGGAGGCGGCUUUCAGAGAAGAAGCGCCGUGUGUGAUGGCGUUACAAAAGCGGAUAGCAGAUGUCGUUCGCAUCGCGUUCUCGGCGUCGACUGCAGGCGUCGUGCAGCUGCGGAUACGUGGUCUAAAGAUUAUCGACCAAGUCCUCAAGCUCUUUGGCAAGACACCGGAUCCUGAUUUCCCGGAAGUAACACUGCUCGAGCAGUACCAAGCACAGAUCGGAUCUGCUUUGACACCCGCUUUUGCGGCAGACUCUUCGCCAGAACUCGCUGCAGAAGCUGUUAAUGUUUGCGCAACUUUCAUUGCCACGGGCAUCGUGACGGAUGUCGAUCGUAUGGGACGUAUACUCAAGCUCCUAGUUUCUGCGCUUGAAAAUUUCUCCAGCGAAACGGAAGCCGCUGCGAUUGGUGAUCUCAAAGGCCUCAGCUCGAACGCCGCGGUCAUGGUCAAAAUGUCGGUCUUUUCAGCAUGGGCUGAGCUCCAGAUCGCCAGUGCGGAACAGAAGUACUUGGUCGAUGUACUUAGGCCUCAUAUCGCUCGUCUUACUCCACUUUGGCUCGCCUCACUACGUGAAUACGCCCGUCUAAGGUUCGAGCCCGAUAUCUCAUCGAUGGGCUCAGCAUCGCUUUCUGGAAGCUUGGACACUAUUUACGCCGCUCUGAACAGAGAGACACUGCUGAAGUUCUACCAAGAGUCAUGGCUUAACCUUGUCGAUGCAAUUGCAAGCUUGAUCGAUGAAGAUAGCGAGUUCGUCUUUGACGCGCUGGACGGCAAGACCGAGUUUGAUGAACAGUCAGCAACGCCAAACAAAAACCCUGAUCACAUCAACUACCGCGAUGAACCCGUGGCUUUCUUCUUUGUUCUAUUUGGGCUUGCAUUCGAAGCACUAGCAGGGCGUCCAGGAGAUUUACAAGCGUCGAAAGAGCAGAUCUUGGAGAUUCUCCAGGCCCUGAAGAAGAUCCUCCGACCAUCGGUCUCUGGUCACGCCAUCUACCAGGAGGUGGUAUUCUCGGAAACAAUGGACAUGCUUGACCGCCUAGUUCUCACAGAGGGACUGCAAGUUCAGACCGUGAUAGUCGAGAUAGCGAGGAAUCUCUGUCUGGGUCACCCAUCUGCGAAGAGAGCCCACACCACCAAUGGCGAUGAACAUCUAUCCGAUGAUAUUGAGCAACUGUUCGAACUCACCCGCAUCAUGGUCCUCGUCUUGACCGGCCUCGUGCCUAGCCUCGAUGAUGGCAAGAGCGGUGUUCGUCACGAUCUCAACGAAGAAGCCGUUGCUCUACUCACCACCGCCCUUUCCGCUCUCGUUGACGCAGCGCGCGUCUUCCCCGCAAUCAUCAAGACAGACCUGCAUGCCUGCAUUCUUCACAUCUUUGUCACUAUCCUUGGCACUGGCUCUUGUCAAGCCACGGUCAUUCCACAAGCCCUCCCCAUCUUCAAACGCUUCGUCACCAGCAUAUCGCAGAUAGCAGAGUCCGGCUCAGACACCAGCACGCAGCUCCGCGCUACACUCGUCCGCUUCCUCCAGACGCUCAAACGCGCGCAAAACCGCGACUUCGACGCCGCCCUCGCAUGCGAGAAAAACACAAUACUUACCACGACCAUCCUACUCAGCUCCGCAGCUUCCGCUUUCACCGCCGACGACCCGCUCAUCGAGCGCUUCAUCGAAGAGCUCUUCGACUGCCUCGGCAGCAGAAUGACCAGCAAAGUCGCUGCGGGCUGCUGUCGCUCCCUCCUGUUACUCCCGAAGAAAUCGCCCGUGGAAACCGCCAUUGCAGCACAGAUCCUCCCGCAGGUCCUCAACUUCAUCGCUAACCCAUCCGAAGUCGAAGGCCUCGACGAGUCCCGAUCUACACUCGCACAGACGCUCGUGGCGUUCAUAUCGACGCUGUCCACCCCCUCGCAGCGCAUCGUAGCGUCCAAGCUCGUUAUUCCUGCCCUCCUCGCUAGAGUGCGGAAAGAGCCUAAAGCCAGUGCGGAGACGGCGGGCAGGUUGCUGGAAUUUGCAGGCGCCGAUCAAGCUAGUUUCAGAGAGGUUGUGGGAGCGUUAGGGGCGCAGGAGAAGGAGUUCUUGCAGGGGGUGCUGAAGAGUGGGCAGGGCGUUAGGAGGGAGGUGAGGGAAGAGACAGGGGAGCCGAGUAUUGCGUUGAAGAUGAACUUUGGGCAGUGAUGGGAGAUAGAGAUAGAGGCAAGGGCCUUUGGAGUGAAUUCAAUGUUUUGUUAAUUCUUGAGCUAGUGAGGUGCAAG